AUGGAGAAGACGCUGACACGGAAGAAUGGGAAGGUUUGGAGCGACAGCAAUCGCCUUCAACUCCUGGCCUAUCUCAACUGGUGUGCCACGUACAGAGAGAACUUGCUCCCGACGGCUGAAGAUCACCUGAAGCGAGUCACUGGCAACGACUUCACGCAGACGCAGAUCCGUCGGAAGCUCCGGCUCGAAUGGGCGAAUCAUGGGCUAUGUGACAACUUCGACGACGUCUUUACCCAGGGGACGCCCAGCCUCGACCUAUCCGACGAAGAGCAAAACGAUAUUCAGGCCAUAUUCGCCGGUCUUCUUCAUGGUCCACACGGGUUGCGCAGCAACACUCGGGAGACCCGGACUCGGUCUCGAGCUGCGCUGAACACAGUCAGGACGUUCGCGGCCAAGAGACCGGCCAUCAGGCUGAAGGUGACCAACAAGAAUUCUCCAACACGCCCAGGGGCGAGCCUCUAUCCCGCGAAUUGCAGCGUAAAUGAUGAAGGCGACGAGGAAAACGCUGUGAAUUCGAUCGACGUACUUCAUACUGAAAGCGAAGUUAGCGAACUCUCGUCCCUUUGCCCUAGCCUUCAAAGUGCUCCGCAUAGCCCAAGCCUGACAUCAAGCCCCGGUCCAACUGAGCAACCUUCAGACGACAUAGCAGCCCUUCAAGAUGAGGUGUUGAAACUCAAGGGCCAUAACCUGACCCUCCAGAACCGGGUCUCUGAGUUGGAAACGGAUCACGAAGAGAUGCGUCGCCUCCGCAAGUCGACGAACGGUGACAUUAACUAUUGCAAUCGAAUGGUGUACAUCUUGGAGAAACGAAAUAAAGCCAUGUCUACACAUUCUGGCAACGUCGAAUAUUCCAAGGCACGAAGACAUGGCCUGCCGGAGAGCACCAUCAUGCAAGAAUAUAAGGAUCUCUACCUCGGCAUUCUAAGUGAAGCUCAGGCAUUCUCCCGAGGCGACAACAGCGCACAGAUUAGCAACAAUAACGAAAAUGCACAUCCAGCGAGAGGCUGGGCAAUCAAGGCCUCUGGCUGGGAUCUCUAUCCUCUCUUAUGUCACUACAUGAGUGAGAAGAUGCCUAGCUCAAGGCUUGUUGCCGCUCUGGUUGGGGCCGGGAUUUUCGACCUCGUUUUUGAACGCUCCUUUCCAGAUGUGUUGGGCAUUGAGAGUCCGCUCAUGAAUGGUUAUAGAAGGCACAUCCUGGCCAAAGACGGACCUGAGGCCCUCCAUAUGGCCGAUCUCGCCGCCCUGGAGUCUCUCACACAAAGAGACAGUAACGGCAAGGAUAGACUUAAGGAGCAGAUGAUUGAAGAAAAGGCCGAGCACCUUUCCGAGUUUAUGCUACAGAGUCUAAGCUUCUGCAUCACGGCAAAGAGCCAGGACAUGACACCAGACGGCGACACGGUCAUGCAAGAACCCCCCGACCUCGACAACCCGCUGAGAAAAGCUUUGAGCCUGAAAUUCUCACUGACUACUUCACUGACGCGUUUGAAGUUCUACUUUUUCUUGCCUGGGCACGACUUUGACGAGACAAGCAUGGAAAAAGACGAUAUGUCGAGUGAUAGCUGUGUUGUAAAGCUGUGCCUGCUUCCGGCUCUAUUCUCUGUGCCGAGGGAUAAGCUUGACACGAGGAUCGAAGAGUCUCGAUGGGAAAUUGAGACUCAUUACGAUAGAUGUCUUACGGAGGCGAUGGAGGAAGAGGUGGCAUCUCUCCGCCUUGUUGCCAAGGCCGUUGUACUUACUUGA